GCCUUGUCGUCCCUUCUCCCUCUCUUCUUCUUACAAAAACAGUCCUCCCCUCGUUAUUGCAGAGGCGUGGUUUAUCAUAAACCAGCAUUCUUUGCGCCCGAGACCUGAUUGUCAUACGUGCGGCCUUGGCUUUGCAUUCUUCCAUUUAGAAGGCGAGACACGGACCCCGUCUUGUCGUCGCUUUCCCCUCCAUUCAGAUUCUUGAUCUCCAGCUGUCUCCAAAAUCCAACGGGUCGCUAUCCGACUACCCCGCCAACAUGAGUUUCGCCGGCAUGCUAAACAGGCUUCACGGCCAACCCGAGAGCUACGAUAAGAAAGCCAAGUACAAGUUCGGUCGAACCCUCGGUGCUGGAACAUAUGGAGUUGUUCGUGAGGCCGAUGGCCCUACCGGCAAGGUCGCUGUAAAGAUCAUCCUCAAGCGAAAUGUCAAGGGCAACGAGCAAAUGGUCUAUGACGAGCUCGAGAUGCUGCAGAAGCUCAAGCAUCCUCACAUCGUCAAGUUUGUCGAUUGGUUUGAGUCAAGGGACAAGUUCUACAUUGUUACACAGCUCGCUACUGGCGGCGAGCUUUUCGACCGUAUCUGCGAACAGGGCAAGUUCACCGAGAAGGAUGCCGCUGAAACUAUCAAGCAAGUUCUUCUUGCUGUCGAUUUCCUCCACAAGAACAACAUUGUUCACAGAGAUCUCAAGCCCGAGAAUCUUCUCUACCUCAACCGAGACCCCGAAUCCGACCUCGUGCUGGCCGACUUUGGUAUCGCCAAGAUGCUUGACGGAAAGGGUGAAUCGCUCAAAACUAUGGCUGGUUCCUUUGGUUAUGCUGCCCCCGAAGUGAUGCGUAAGGAAGGCCACGGAAAGCCCGUAGACAUGUGGUCUAUGGGUGUCAUCACUUACACUCUGCUCUGUGGUUACUCGCCUUUCCGAAGCGAGAACCUCCAGGAUCUCAUCCGAGAAUGCACUGAUAACUCUGUCGUCUUCCACGAACGCUACUGGAAGGAUGUCAGCAACGAUGCCAAGGACUUCAUCCUGAAGCUUAUCGAUCCCGAUGCUGACAAGCGUUGGACUAGCGAGGAAGCGUUAGGCCACAUCUGGCUCACUGGUGAGAAUGCCACUGACUACAACUUGUUGCCCGAGAUCAAGUCGUUCCGCGCCAGAAGCCGAUUUAGGCGUAUCAUCGAAAAGAUCAAGCUCCAGGCCCGUAUCGAAAAGCUCAAGGCUAUGGAGGAGGAUCCCGACAACUCAGAUCUGUCGGCAAUCUUCUCCGAGGUUGCCAGAGCAAAGCUUGCAGACGAAAAGGAGGAACGAGAGGUUCUCCGCAUCACGCAAGAGGUCGAAAAGGAGGUCAAGCGACGCAGCUUCCAGGCUUAAGAACAAUAUUUGUGUUCGUUAUAGACUGCAAGAAUCUUGCUUUAUUCCAGCGUACACAUCGAUAUGUGACUUUACAAAAUGUCAAGGCAGUGGUUUCAAAUAAGAAAGAUGGGGAUGCCAGAUACAAUAAGUUGGGGCGAGAUGAUGGACAGGGAACUUGGACCAAAAUCCAUGUAUGUCUCAUCGGUAUGGUCAAAGCGAUUAAUUGAUUUCAAGCAAUGCGUCUGGGUAGAGAAAGUGAUGAAUUUGUCACCUCAUUCAUUAAAGUGUAUUUCAUGUUUUGAUUGUCGAUGAGGCUGCAUAUUGAAUACUAUCCAUGCUCUAUAA